AUGAGCGGUGUUGUUUCUAAACAAGUCGGUGAAACCGGAUCAGCCCAAUACAGAGUUUUCUUCUUAAAGGAUGGUAAACCAGUUUCUCCAUUCCACGAUGUCCCAUUAUGGGUUAACAAAUCCCAAUCAGUUGUUAAUAUGUUAGUUGAAAUUCCAAGAGGUACCAACGCCAAAUUAGAAAUUGCCACUAAAGAAUACAUGAACCCAAUCAAACAAGAUACCAAAGAUGGUAAAUUAAGAUUUGUUCACGACAAAUACCCAUUCAACUAUGGUGCUCUUCCACAAACUUGGGAAAAUCCAUCCGUCCUCGAUGCCAGAACCAACGCCAAAGGUGACAAUGAUCCAUUAGAUGCUUGUGAAAUUGGUUCAGCUCAAGCUGCUAUUGGUGAAUUCAAACAAGUUAAAGUUCUUGGUGUAUUUGCUAUGAUUGAUGCCGGUGAAACUGAUUGGAAAAUCUUAUGUAUUGAUGUCAACGAUCCAGCUGCAUCAUUAAUCAACUCAGAAGAAGAUCUUGAAAAAGUUCUCCCAGGUAAAGUUAAUGAAGUUUACACUUUCUUAAGAGACUACAAAAUCCCAGAUGGUAAAGGUCCAAAUCAAUUCGCUUUUGACGGUAAAUUACAAAACAGAGAAUUUGCUGUUAGUGUUAUUGAAGAAACUGAACACGAAUGGAAAUCAUUAGUUGCUGGUAAAACUGAAUCACCAUUAUCAAUUGAAAACGUUUCAUUAAACAACUCUAAAACCGUUACUGCUGAUGAAGCCAAUGCCAAACUUGGUUUUUGACUCAAUAAGCAAUCAAAAUUGUAAAUAAAAAAAAAAAACAAAAAAAAAAUUAAUAAAAUAUAAAUAUAAAUUUAAUUAAUUUAUAAUAAAUAUC